AGCUGUGGAGGGCGUGGGAACCUUCGCCACCGGGAGCUGGCCCAGCUCCGGCGUCCUGACUGCCGGCCUUUGAAUGGGGAGUCUUCGCUGGUGACUGUCGCUUCAGCCCUCCUGGUGUGGCCGCGAGUCGGGUUGCUUUGCUGUGCUCCGUCACCUCCUAAAGAUGCAUCCUGACUUAUCUCCACACUUGCACACUGAAGAAUGCAACGUCUUGAUUAACUUGCUUAAGGAAUGUCACAAAAAUCACAGCAUUCUGAAAUUUUUUGGUCAUUGCAAUGAUCUCGAUCGGGAGAUGAGAAAAUGCUUGAAGAAUGAGUACAUGGAAAAGAGGACCAAGAGCAGGGAGCAUGGCAAUGUGAUGCGAAAAAGACUUUUUAAUCCUGCAGAGGAAUCUGAAAAAUAAAUUAGAGGCAUACCUCGUUUUAUUGUGCUUCGUUUUAUUGAGCUUCGCAGAUAAUGCAUUUUUUUCAAAUUGAAGGUUUGUGGCAACCCUGCGUGGAGCAAGUCUAUUGGUGCCAUUUUUCCAACAUCAUUUCUCACCUCGUGUCUCUGUAUCACAUUUUGGUAAUUUUCACAAUAUUUCACACUUUAUAAUUACUAUCCUAUUUCUUACGGUAAUCUGUGAUGUUACUAUUGUAAUUAUUUUGGGGUGCCACAAAGCAUGCCCGUAUAAGACAGUGAACUUAAUCGAUGUUGUGUGUACUCUGACUGCUCACCAACCAGCCAUUCCCUCGUCUCUCCCUGUCCUUGGGCCUUCCUAUCCCCUGAGACUCAACAUAUUGAAAUUAGGCCAGUUAGUAAUCCUACAAUGGCCUCUCAGUGUUCAAGUGAAAGGAAGAGUCCCCCAUCUCUCACUCUAAGUCAAAAGCUAGAAGUGAUUAAGCUCAGUGAGAAAGGCGUGUUGAAAGCCGAGAUAGGCUGGAGCCAGGCCUCUUGCACCAGUUAGCCAAGUUGUGAAUGCAAAGGGAAAGUUCUUGAAGGAAAUUAAAAGUGCUGAAUGUGUGUGCCAGUGAACACACAAAUGUUAAGAAAGCGAAACAGCCUUGUUUCAGUGGUCUGGACAGAAGAUCAAACAUCCCCUUAAGCCAAAGCCUAAUCCAGAGCAAAGUCCUAACUCUUCAAUUCUGUGAGGGCUAAGAGGUGAGGAAGCUGCAGAUGAAAAGUUGGAAGCUUGGAGACAUUGGUUUGUGAGGUUUAAAGGAAAGAAGCCAUCUCUAUAACCUAAAAGUGCAUGGUGAAGCAGCCAAGGGCUGAUGUAGAAGCUGCAUCAACAUCGAGACAAGACCCUCCACCGGCAAAAAGAUUAUGACUUGCUGAA